GCUAACGUGAUCCAUGGGUGAUAGCAUCCUAACGUGCACCCUAGCAUUUAUCAUCUUUGUGGCUUAACCUAUAAUCUUCUCUUUGGCCCCUGGUUCCGGUUUCCUGACCCACCUUCACCGUUGGUUCAAUUGCAAUCGUCACAGACUCUUUCCCUAGCUGAUCAUCCAUGGCUGACCGUAUCUCUGCCACUCGCCGCCACCAUAUCUCUGCUGGACCUCCUUUUCAGAUCUCCAAAGAUUUCCAUGGCCCUGACAAUCCCAUUCCACUUUCACCGCAAUGGCUUCUGCCAAAGCCUGGGGAGAGUAAACCUGCAAUAGAAACUGUGGAAAACCAUGUGUUUUCAACUCCACCAAAUGGCAAACGCUCAGAGAUGGCUAAGACAUUUGGAAAUGGAGAGGACGUGAAUGAUGGCCUUAAGCAAAAGGAUGUCUUCCGGCCAUCCAUGCUUGACUCUGAAAGUGGACACCGUGACCAUUGGCGUGAUGAAGAGAGAGAUACUAAGUCUUCUUCCUCUUUACACAAGGAUCGGUGGAGGAAUGGAAACAAAGAUGUAAUUGACACUAGGAGAAUGGAUAGGUGGACUGAAAAUCCAUCAACAAGGCACUUUGGCGAAGCACAUCGUGGCACAUCUGAUAGAUGGAAUGAUUCGGGCAAUAAAGAUACAAACUUUGAACAGCGGCGCAUGAGUAAGUGGAACACACGCUGGGGACCUGAUGAUAAGGAGUCUGAAGGUCUUCGUGAAAAAUGGAGUGACCCUGGUAAAGAUGGUGAUCUUCAUCUUGGCAAAAGUUUGUCUAACAUUUCUUAUCUUGUUAAGGAUGAAAAGGAAGGGGAUCCUUAUCGGCCAUGGAGACCCAACGCCUCACAAAGCCAUGACCACCAAAAUGGGAUUCCAAACAAUCAAGCGUCUGCAUUGUCAUAUGGGUGGGGCUGUGGGGAGGAUACACCUCCAGUUGAUGCGUUUGGGCGGGCCCGGUUUGGCUCUGGUGGUAAUUCAAUUAACAGCACAUAUAUGCAUUCUCAAUACCCUGAAACUGUAUUGGAUAAAGUUGAAAGUGAACAUAGAGAAGCUCACUGCUUUAGAUAUAAUAGGACAAAUUUGCUUGAUGUGUACAGAGUUGCUGAUAUGCAUACACAUAGAAAACUAGUGGAAUUUCUGCAGAUACCUUCUAUUACACAGGAUGAACCAUUGAAGCCUCUAGGUUUUUGUGCUCCAAAUUCUGAGGAACUGUCUGUGUUAAAGGAUAUUGAAAAGGGGGAAAUAAUCAGUAGCAGUGCUCCUCAGGUGCAAAAAGAUGGACGGAACACAACAGAAUUUACACAUUCAAGACGAAUAAAGCUUGUAAAUUCUCCUUUACAAGAUAGAGUCGAAGAUAAUGGUUCUUACAGAAUGGUAGAUAAGGUUCCUAGUAAUAGAGAAUCAACCUUUGAAGAAAGUAAUUCCGUUCAUCCUGGUGCUACAUGGCGUGGGACACCAUUAGGUGAACAUGCUGGCACAGUUGUGCAUGAAAGCAGAGAUGUGUCCAGUGAUAUUAAAUCAAGAAACCCAGGUAUGAGCUGGUCACACCAACCAAACGAUACUCAGGCUCAGUGGGAGCAUAAUUUGGAUUAUUUAUCUGAAACUAGAGAUGUGGCUAAGUGGCAAUCUAGUGGAUAUCCCAUUAAAAGGCAGCUAUCUGGCAUUUUGGAUGGUGAAUUCGAAUCCAGGAGAGUUCAACAAACUUGUCCAGAGGAUUUAUCACUUUUUUAUAAAGAUCCUCAGGGUCACAUUCAGGGCCCGUUUAAAGGAAUUGAUAUUAUUGGUUGGUUUGAGGCUGGUUACUUCGGUAUAGAUUUACCUGUUUGUCUGGAAAAUGCAGCAUCCCACUCACCAUGGUUGCAACUUGGUGAUGCCAUGCCCCACUUACGAGCUAAGGCACGACCACCACCUGGAUUUUCUGCAGCAAAACAUGACUCUACAGAGGCAUUUUGUUGGCAAAAUUCCAGUACCGUUGGGAACAUGCAUACUGGUUUAAAUGAGGCUGAGAGGCUGAGAAAUGAUCCUAUGCAUAGGAAUUCUACCACUGAAGCUGAAAAUAGGUAUCUGGAGUCACUAAUGUCCGGUAGCAAAAGCAGUUCCCCACUUGAUAGUCUCACAUUAUCAGAAGGUUUACAGGGGUUUCACUGUAAUAAUUCUGGUAAUUUAGGCCCAUCAGGAGUAGAUGGUGGAAACGACCUUUACAUGCUGGCCAAGAAGAUGGCACUUGAACGGCUAAGUUCCUUGCCAACUCAUCCUUAUCCAUACUGGCCAAGGAGGGAUGCAGCACCCCUUCCGCCAAAAUCAGACAUUUUUCCACAUACACCACCACAUUCAAAUAUCUUGUCUUCAUUGAGUGACAAUCCUCGUCAGCUUCAGCCCCAAAAUUCUGAUUUAAACUCAGUAAUCCAAGGAAUAUCUGACAGGACGACCACAGGCUUAAGUAGCAGUAUUGCUGGAUGGCCAAAUUUUCCUUCGCAAGGUGGAUUGGAUCCCCUUCAGAAUAAGAUUGACUUUCAUCAUGAUCAAAAUAAUGUUCAAAUGCCAUUUGGAAUUCAACAAAGGUUACAAACACCAAACCGGUUGCCCUCAGACAACAUAAUUGCUCAAACUUCAGAUAUUCCAUCAAGUAUUUUGACAGCAGAGAAGUUGCUUUCUUCUGGCUUAUCCCAAGAUCCCCAGAUGUUGAAUAUGUUGCAGCAGCAAUACUUUCUGCAGUUGCAUUCUCAGGCAGCGGCUUCUUCACAACAGAUACCUUUCUUGGACAAACUUCUAUUGCUGAAGCAGAAACAGCAACAGGAGGAGCAACUGCUGUUAUUGCGCCAACAACAACAACUGCUAUCUCAAGUGCUGCAGGACCAUCAGUCUCACCAGCGCCUAGGUGAUUUAUCUUUUCAGCAGUUGCCUGGAGGUAGAGUACCACUGGGGAAUUUGCAUGUGAAUCUUUCUCAAAUUCUACCAAAAGAGAUUUUUUCCACAAGUUCUCAAACACCAAUCCCCAGUGUGAAUGGUGAGCUUACUACUGAUUCUUUGAAUUUACCUCUGCAAGCAAGUCAGGACACUAGCUAUAAUCUAAGUAGUGAAUCUUCUGCCCAUCUACCCGACCAUUUAUUUGAGAAUAUUAGUCAUCAAAAAAGCUGGAGUGCUACACUUCCUGAGCAAAUUAAUGACAAGCACCAGAGUGUAGCAUUGCCUGCAUCAGCUUCUUUUGAAGACUCCGUGUUGAGUGAGCAUAACAUAGCUAAAGAGGAACCCAACAUUGCCCAGAUACCUCUUUCUUUUUCUGACAAUACUACUAAAAUCAUGGAGCAAAUUCCAUACAAUACUUGUCCUGUUGGUGAUUCUCAGGUGAGUGCAACUUCUGUGUUCGAUGAGAGUUCUCAAUCAGUACAGUUUGUUGCACCUUUUGUUCCUGUGUCUUCAGCUGGAGAUUUACCAGUAUCAAGUCAAGUGGGUAUAGAUGUGGAGAUUAAAUCAGGCAGUCUUGAAGAGCAGCAGGGUGGAAGAGAAAGCUCAAAUACUGAAACCUCUGUGGUGGAUGCAAGUAGUGUUGAAGCACGGGAACCCAAAAAGACUACUGAGAAGAAAUCUAAGAAGCAAAAAUCUUCAAAAUCUCAGUCUUCUGAUCAGGCAAAGGGCUUGCCAAAAAAUGUGACUUUGCAGCAGUCAAAGAAAUCAGAAUCUGAGAAACCAAAUUAUGGUGAAAAAAAAUUGGGAGAAACCAACAAGGGUGACCCAGCUCAUGAGACAUAUCUGCAACAAACAAGGGGUAAGGGUAAACAAUCUGCAACUGCUACUGCAGAAACAGAUAAUCAUCAAGAACUUAAUGGUCUCCCUACUAAUAUUCCAGGAAGCAACUCUGAAACAUUUAUUGAGGAUGAGUUGAAGGCAGUCGGUUCUGUUUCCACCAAGACUAGUGAAUUACCUUCAGGGAGAGCUUGGAAACCUGCUCCUGGUUUCAAGGCAAAAUCUCUCUUAGAAAUUCAACUGGAAGAACAAAAAAGGGCACAGAUAGAAAUGCUUGUGUCUGAGGUUGCUACUCCUGUCAAUGCCAUGAGUUCAACAACUCCUUGGGUGGGAGUUAUGGCCAAUCCAGACUCUUCGAAGGUGUCUAGUGAUAGUCACAGAGAAGCAGAUGAUACUGAAUAUCUGGCUAAAUCUGAAAAAUCUCAAGAUAGUAAAAUCAAGAAAAGCCCAUUACAUGAUCUAUUGGCAGAAGAUGUACCAGAAUAUAGUGAAAGAGAUGGCAGGGUUCCAGACAGCUUGAUCCCCUCACAAACUGUUCAUUCUCAUUCAGAACCAAUAGAUGAAGGAGACUUCAUUGAAGCUAAAGACACCAAAAGAAACCGGAAAAAAUCUGCAAAGUUGAAGGGUUCAGGGUCUAAGGUUUCAAUUCCUGUUGCUUCUAGUGAAAGGCCCAUAAGUUCGAGUCACAAUGAAAAGGUAAGGAGCUCCCAUUCUGUUCAACUGGAGAAAGAACAACUUCCUUCUAUCCCUUCAGGACCCUCUCUUGGAGAUUUUGUUCUUUGGAAAGGAGAGCUGACAAGCCCAUCUCCUCCUCCAGCCUGGACUACUGAUUCUGGUAGGAUACCUAAACCAACAUCAUUAAGGGACAUUCAAAAGGAGCAAGAGAAGAAAUCUGCUGCAGUUCUCUCAAACCAACUUCCUACCCCUCAGAGAUCACAGCCUGCCCAAGUUGCUCGGAGCAGCAGUUCUUUAUGGCCAAUUUCAACUUCAUCUCCACCAAAAACUGCACCUUCUAGCCAGAUAAACUCCCAAACUUCUGUGUCGAAAUAUAGAGGGGAUGAUGAAUUCUUUUGGGGUCCAGUUGAGCAAUCUAAGCAAGAAAAUAAGCAAUCAGGCUUCUCUCAGCUUGCUAGCCAGGGUAGCCGGGGUUCUAAAAAUAUCCCCAUGAAAGGUAAUUCACCUGGAUUAUCAAGUCGACAAAAGUCUGGGAGUGGCAAACCAGCUGAGCGAUCUCUUUCAUCGUCACCUGCCUCUUCUCAAUCACUGCUAAAACUGAAAAAGGAUGCCAUGACUAAGAAUUCCGAAGCUACGGACUUCAGAGUUUGGUGUGAGAAUGAAUGUGUCAGGCUUAUUGGGACAAAAGAUACCAGUUUCCUUCAGUUUUGCUUGAAGCAGUCCAGAUCUGAAGCAGAGAUUAUUCUCACGGAAAACCUGGGAUCAUAUGACCCUGAUCAUGAAUUCAUUGAUAAAUUCCUCAAUUACAUGGACUUGCUACCAUCAGAUGUUUUGGAAAUAGCUUUUCAAACUCGGAAUGAUCAGAAAGUUGAUGGAUCUGAAAACACAGUUAUACAAGAUAUGGGUUACGUUGACGGAUCCUUCUCAAAAGGUGGAAAGAAGAAAGGUAAGAAAGGAAAAAAGGUCAGCUCUUCAGUUUUGGGAUUCAAUGUCGUGAGUAACCGGAUAAUGAUGGGUGAGAUUCAGGCGGUAGUUGACUAAUAUUAACACAGGUUAUUGCGGAACGUGUAUAUAUGUUUUGGCCGUACUUUGUAUUUUGUAAAUGAUUUUUUUUACACUAAAAGUAGCAGCAUCAAUUGGAUCUGCUCAAGCAAUUUUGUCGUCUUAAUGUAGAAAAUUUUGACGUUUGAAAGAUCCUGCUGACAAACAUUCUUGGCAGCCUUAACUCGAUACAAGCUAAUUUAUUCAAGGGC